GGCACAGUCAACAAAACAGGAGUCUGAGACACAUUCAAUUUCACAUAACUAAAAAUUGUUUGCGGAGCCGAAAAAUUAUUUCUGGAUAACAUGUGAGAAAUAUAGUUGGUAAGUAGCAUUUAGUUUUACUAAUUAUUAGCGCAUAAUCCUUGCUUUAAAGACACAUCUAUACAUAUAGACGCAACAUAGAUGGCUGUGUUGCAUAAAAUAUACACACACACUAGUCUCGUAUUAUUCUGCAUCUGCAUGGUAUCUUUAUUACUGGCAUCUUCGGAUUUUCAGACCGCCCCCUACCCAUUGAGCUAUCGAGUCAUAUCUCUGAGGAUGGCUCUGAAAUAGAAUUGAAACGUUUUAGAAUUUUUAGAACAUACAAACACACGCCCAUUAUGAGUGGCUAAUUUAUAUCUCGUGCAUCAUCGACACAAAUGCUGUAUGCAGAUUGUGAUUCGUCUAGAUUACUUCAACAGUGCAAUAAUGUUGAAGACAUCGAUAAUUUUUGGUGAUAAUUUCAGAACUAACUAUAGUGUCAUAUUAUUCUGAUUCAACUAAUUACACUGACCUGAAAGGUCAAGUGUCUUAAAUCCCCCUUUUUCUGUUUUUUCGUCGAGAAAUGGAAUUUGCGUUAGCGCAUCGCAGGCUCAAGGUGCAACGAUUAAGCCAAAAUGCCAUCGGUUCGAAUGCCAUCGAUUUCUCGACUGCUUGAUGUACUCUUCACGUAACAAGCUCGUAUCUAUGUACGUAGUAGCCGGCUCAUGCCAUGCUUGUGGUACAUCUUUCUUUAUUAGCGCAUACACUUGUACGCACGCGCACAAUUACCAGUUUCAGACCUCCUGAGUCCCUAUCUCCCUAUCCUAACAUAGAAUAUGGUGGAAUACAAUUAACAAGGACAAGUUAAAGGUUUGACAGUUUGACUUUAAUAAACAACUAUAAAUAUACGUUGUAGACUCAUAAACAUCCGUUGUGUACUUGUGUUCAUUUUUGUGUCGCACUCUGGACUUUCUUACGUGUUGAAUUAAUGUUUUUCUUUUUGUAUUAAACGACUCGAAAACCCCAAAAUUUGGACGCAGCGAAUUUAUACAAUAUAUUGGAAUAUGAACAAGGACAAGUUAAGGUUGACAAUUUGACUACACAACGUAGUUUUAAUUGAACAAAAUCUCCUAAUUCCUUACGAUAGUUUCAGGGGCGGAUUUAGACCGUUGCAACUGUAGCAUAUGCUACGGUCAGAUUUUCCAUAGGCCAGUUCUAACAUGGAUCAUAAAAUCAAUCUAAAAUAUAAUUUAGCAAUAUUUUGUUUACUUUCCUUGUUUAUAUUUCAAGGUUUUAUUUUAUUUAGUUUUAUAUGUUCUAAAACAUUUUAUUUUGACAAAUUGAUGACAUUUAUAAUAUGUAAGAAUUCCCGCCCGAAAAUACGGUUGUGAUUGCCCGUUUGCGGGUCAUUACGCAAUGGACUAUAGCUUAGAAAAUAUCAUCCUUCAGAAAUACACCGUAGCGUGUUGCCCAUAUAUGAUCAAUUUUCGCUACGGUCAGAUUCAUUAAGGUCGAAUCUGACCGUAGCGAAAAUUGGCAUAUACGGCAUUCUGAUUGGUUUGCUACGGUCAAACGUAGCAAACCAAUCGGAAUGGGGCAAAUGCUAUAGUUUGCUACGGUGGCAUGAAAUUGGCUACUGCUCCAGAACGAUGGAAUAUCUGAUAUUUGUGUUUGGCUCAUCAACAACAUGAUAUUGGGAACUCACAGUACGGUUGUGCGCAUUUCGAAAUGAAAGCCGUCGUAAAGCUAAAGGAUUUAUAUGCGUCGAGGUAGAAAUAAAAUCAGAUAGUAAAACGAAUCAUUUCCAGUCAGGUAAGCCUUAUGAAUGAUAAGAGAUGCACAUUAUAUUUUAAUUUGAGUUUUUACUGUAUAGUGUUCGCUAUUAACUUCGCUUUAUUAAAGUGUUUGUGCGCGUAUGUACAGUAUACCUGCAUGUAUUGGAAUUAAUACGCGAAUUAUGAUACGCGCGUAUAUAUAUCGUGUUUUAUAGCGCGCUAAUAUUUGUUUGUAAUGCGUAUAUAUUCGUAAGAUACGCGUAUUCAUAUCAUACGCGCGUUCAUAUGAUAUGCGUAUUCGUAUGAUACACGCGUUCGUAGAUGAUACGCGCAUUUCGGUAUUCAAUUGAUAAUGAUAUGCGUAUGAUACGAGUAUCAUACCGAUAUCGUAUGUUAAAAUAUACGCGAGCAAUAGUUUACAUUUUGAGAUCAUUUCGGCUUAUUUUUGCUUGAGAAAUGAAUACAAUGAGGACAAAUUUAAUGGUCACAUGCAGUGCUCAGAACGCAGGAAAUGGCAUUUCCGGGCUUCAAAUUUCAAAAAUUUUCCGGGGGGGGCAUGCCCCCGGACCCCCCUAGCUAUGCGAGGUCUUGGAAAAUGCUACGGUCAGAUUUUUGGCUGGAUCCGCCCCUGAGUUUUAGCCAAAUGUCGACAAUAUAUCUUACGUACAUGUAUUAAAAUUCGCGCAGUACUAGAAUUCGUGUAGCGCAGGGUGCGCAAAUUUUAGUAUUGCGCGAAAUAUAAUCCGCGAGAAGAGCUUUGUGCGCUACAGUAAAGAUAAAGCGGUGCGUUCAAAAUACCAACAAGGACUAAAACAUUUAUUGUAUGGUUCUCAUUUGCUUUAUAAUACAAUAACAUUAGUUCGACGCGAAUUUUAAUAUAAGUAAGGUAUGGUAUCAUAUUUCAUAAUAUAAGGAACAAUGUAAAUGUAAACUAGCCAUACAUUUCGCCGAACAUAUAAACUUCGGCCCGUUUGGACAUAUCUUUUUCGUAAUAGUAUUAUUGGAACCAGAAUCCAAAACACUAUUUCUACACUAUUUCACACUAUCGAUCGGGCUAUAAAAUAUGGUCAAGCAUCAACGUGGCGCGUGCGUGCGAGUGAAAACCCGAUAUUUUAAAAAAUUCAAAAUAAAUAUUUCUACUCUGCCGUAUUCAAACGAAACUUUGUACAUGAAAGCGCUUGAAUACAAGACGUAUUUUAUUCACAUUGACUCUGAACAAAUUGUGAAGAGUUUAGAAGAUAUUCAAAUUUUUUUCUCGAUAUGAAAUAGUCGAAAUACAGAAUGUUUGGCCAAGCUGCGAGUAAAUAUAUUAUUGUUUUGGUUUGUGUAAUGUUUUGACGGCAUUUGACGCCCCCGCAGGAUUUAUAAUUAGAAACAAUAAAAAUCGUAAAAAUGUAAAAUUUUGAAUUGGGGCGUGACGCGAAAUUAGCCAUUUUAAUACAGGCAGUACUUUGCUGGCAGUGCAAUUGUCUACACAGUAAAUACUAAAGUAGAUAGACAGUAAAUACUAAAGUAGGGUGCAUUGCCAGCUAAUGGUUUAAUAAAAGACAUUGACAGAUGUGUUUGUUAAACUAUUUACUGACAGUACUCUACCACUGACAAGUAAAAUCGUCUGGCGGUACACGGUGUAAAUUUGUCUGGCGUUAGUCAGAGUUAUUACUGAAAGUAGUGUGUGUUGCCAGCUAAUAGAUUAGUAGACCUUAAUAUCCACUUGCUUAUUAAAUGAUGAACGAGAAACAAGCAGGAAACAUAGGGGAUAUAACCUUCAUGUGCAGGGCUGCCAUUCUACCAAUGAUGAAACGUGGAAAUGAUGCCAUUGGGUCAUGCCAUUGGGUCAAAAGUAAACUUCCCUUUAGAGAAUUGUUUAGAAAUACAAACUUUUGCAUUCAGAUCAUGUGGCAAAAAGGCAGCACUUUCCUUGCGAUAGUAACUCCUAGUUAUAGAUUUGCACCAUAGCCUCCCAAAAAGGUAUUUUAUUUUUUUGAAAAAUCCAUACAAUUUGCUUGCGGUUUACGACUUAUAUAUUCUUGUAUACUGCAUCAUAUAGUACGUAUGUCGUCAUUUUCAGGUCAGUGUGAACGCCUGAGCAGGCGUCUUGUUUGGUGAUAAAUCAGCAGGUUUUAUAACCGUACAAAAGUCUUAUUAUCGCCCAUGAACAAGUAGAAUUAUCUGGCGGCAAAAAGAGUACGACUAUGCAUGACAGUGAAAGAAUAACAGAUACCAUAUUUACUCGUUUAACCGAUUGAGCACCGCAUAUGGGAGCAAAAUUAUUAAAGAACGCCGCCCUCGAAUAAGCGCCACUCUUAUUCCCUCGAAUAAGCGCCACUCUUAUUCUCUCGAAUAAGCGCCGCACUUAUUCACAAUAACGCGGCGCUUAAGGUGGCUCAAUACAAUUUUUAAAAAAAUGGAAAAUUCACGAUUUAGAUGCGUAUUCAGUUUGGACAAUUAUUACUUGUUGAUAAACAGAAAGUACCUUAUAAAACAACAUCGAAAGAGUUUGAAUUUUAUCGACAAGUAAUAAUUGUCCAAAAGUACGCAUCUAAAUCGCGAAUUUUCCAUUUUUUUAAACUGUAUUGAGCCACUUUAAUUUUUGAUCGAAGCACUGCCAGAAAAAAUUGUUCGUGACGCCCAACCGCGGAAGGAAAACGUCUUUUUGCCUCGGGACGUUUUUCUCCGGCAUUUCAGUGUUUUUAUGUUGCAUUUUGUUGCUAAUAUUUCUUGUUAUCGCUUACAAAUAAAAUAUUUUAUAAAGAGCGCCGCCCUCAAAUAAGCGUCGCUUAAUUCGUCAAAUCGCUGAAAAUUUAAAAAGCCCAGCGGUGCUUAAACGACUAAAUACGUGAUUCGAUGUUAGAAAUACGGUAUAAUAAAUAUUGGAUUUUGGUGGAAAGGAUUGAAGAAUAUGAAAAUUUUAAAUACUCUAUUAAUGUGAAAAGACAUAUAAUUAUGAAGUAUAUAAUAUAACAAUUUGGAUAUAUUUGAAAUGAAAAAUUGAGUCAAAGUUUUUCCACUUUGACGAUGGAGCUUUUUUCCAGGAUUUUGGGCGUCCAGAUCCAAACUUUUACGGUCCAGUCUUUUUCGAUCCAAGUUUCGGCAAGAAUGACUGAAUUGUAAUUUAAUUUUAACGAUCUUUCCUGUCGGAUUAAGUUUCAGCUCUGAAAGGAUUAUACAGGAUACGCUCCGGCGAGUUGAACUCUCUUUGGCUGGCCCACCAGGAGACAAGGAUCUCACUUUAAACAGCGGUGCAACAAGGUAGCUAACCAUUUGAAGAAAAGGAAUUCUAAAACUUUAUCAUGUCUCAGCAUAACGAGGGCUAUGCCCCGGAUAAAGUGCGAAUGGGUCAUCUAGAACAGAAUCCAGAAGUAGUACUAACUGGAUUUUCUGAAAGUUCAAAAUUUCGAAUCCGUACUCAAAUGGAAAAGAUUUUACUGGUUGUUGCUGGGAUAUUGUUGAUACUGUGCAUCGUUUUCAUAGCGUUGUUGGCGAAAGAAUCCUCAAGCGAUGACGACUCCAGCAGUUCUUCGUCCAAUAGUGGGCGCUUAGGUAAGUGUCUUUUAUUAUAAAUACAUUGUUUUAUUGUGAGGCAG